UGAUCUCCUUUUCCCGCUAGGUGUCGCUAAAGUUGCUAGACAACUGUACACAAUAUGGCGUAAAAAGGAAUGGUAUAUCCCAAAACACUGCAUUUGGUGGAUAAUUUAAGUAGAAAAUAACUUUCGGAGGAAGUGAAAGCAAGCCAUUCCAUUAUGCCGAGUUUACCUCCGUUGGAUGAUGAUGGGGCUGGAGGCAAGUUUAAGCCAAAGAACAGAAAGAAAGUGGACCAACAUGACCUAAAGAAAAUGGCACCUGUACAACGAAGCAGAUACCUUGCAUAUGAAGACCCUCCAAAAGAAAUAUCAGAUGCCAUGGGAGCCACAAAAAAGAGACUCCUGGAAAAGAGAAGAGUCAUGACGAGGAUUAAUCAGGAUCUGCCAGAAGAAGAAAUUGAUGAGAGAGAUAAACAUGCGAAACUUAUUGGUCAGCUCAAAGCUGCAGAGGCAAGAAAUAGGUUGAGAAUAAUGAGAUUGAGAUAUCAAGCUAAUCGGGCUCAGGAAAUCAGUCAUCUUAUUGCGUGUCAGCCCACAGCACUGAAAGCUGUACGCCUACAGGCAUUAGUCCCAUCGUACCCAGAGAGGGAAGACAGGAAAGAUAAACUGGAUAAAUUGGAGAGAGUACGAGUGGAGCGGCUACUGGAGGAUGCACAAGGUCUGCUGACCAACAGAGUUCACUGAGGAGUUUAUGUUUCGUGAAUAUUUCAUUGAUUUUUUAUCACUUGAUGUUCAUAACAAGAUCCAAAUUAAAACAAAAACUUUCAAUUAUAUUAUAUAAGAGAGAUACGGUAUAUCAAAGGAUUUUUAUAAAAAAAAAUCUCAUGUGAAUCUAUAGUCUGUUAAAGUGGGAUAUAGGUUGUGGAUUUAUUGUGCCUAAAAAUUGUUCCAAAAGAAUAAUAUCUUUAAAAAAAUCAAUUAGAUUUCAAGCUGAUGUAAUGAAAAUCUGUUGGCAGGUUUUACCCAUUUUGUAAUAACGUUUUAACAUCACUGAAUUCUAAUUUGCAUUUUUAUAUUUUUGUUUAUCUUAUGAAUUUGUUUUUGUUUUUUGUUUUUUUU